CACCACUACAAUGUACUGCUGGUGAAGAUGCGCGGGUAUCAUAUUCGAAUUUCAGUUACCUUGGAAUCUACCAAUCAAACAUUACCCUUCGCUCCGGGCUCCAUUUUCAACCCACUUCCUGCACAGACACCGAGACCAACGGCGCGUCAAAACGCGACCUAUAACCCAAGACACAAGGAUUACAGACGUGGGCCUAUCCGUCUCGACUGGAUUGACCUUGAUAUGAGCGAUAAAUCAGCACAGAAGGCACGCGAGAAGGGUCGCGAGCCUGCGAUAGCUACUUUCAUCGCGAGUGAGACUGUGGAAUCUGGGUCAACCAAUCUUCCUUCUGGAGUGGUGCAUUUAUUUCGCCAAGGGGCUGGCAAGUUGCCUCAAGAUCAGACAUCCUCUUCAGCUGUUACUGCAGACGCACCAGAGCAAGAUGGUAUCAUGCUUGCAGUGCUGGCGGUUCCACCAUGGAUGACUCCCGCUGACUUUCUAGCCUUUGUGGCGCCAGCUUCAGAAGGGAUAACACACUUACGCAUCAUACGAGACACAAUCCCAAACCGAUCGAUGGCGGUCAUCAAAUUCUCUCAUUCAACUCGUGCAUCUGAGUUUGUGGAAGCCUACAAUGGCAAGCCUUUCAACUCAUUAGAGCCCGAGACUUGUCACGUUGUUCGUGUUCUCUCUGUGACAAUGGAGGCCGACGAUCCCUCCCUCUCCCUCCUCGCGUCUACUCAGUCACUCUACGAAUUACCGACUUGCCCUGUUUGUCUUGAACGAAUGGACGCCGCAGUAACUGGUCUUAUCACUGUGCCAUGUUCACAUACGUUUCAUUGCAUGUGUCUCAGCAAAUGGGGAGACAGUCGAUGUCCUGUGUGUCGAUACUCGCAGAACCUUAUGUCAUCGCAUCCAGCACCAGCCUCCUCCUCCUCACGUGCCAUCCCCUUUUCCAACCCUUCCACGCCAAACCAGUCCGCUUGUUCAUCGUGUUCGUCGACCACAAACCUCUGGAUUUGUCUUAUCUGUGGAAAUAUUGGCUGUGGGCGCUAUGGUCGCGCUCAUGCACAGUCUCAUUACCAAUCGACAACACAUCUCUACGCAUUGGAAUUGGAGACCCAACGUGUGUGGGACUACGCUGGUGACGGCUACGUUCAUCGGCUAAUACAGAACAAGGCUGAUGGCAAGCUUGUUGAGCUUCCUAAUGCAUCCUCUUCAAUGGGUACAACCCAGAGAGAUGCGGAUGGAAGUCUUGGCCCUGGUCCCGCUGACGCCUUGAGUGCGGAAAAAAUUGAGGCAAUUGGAAUCGAGUAUUCUUACCUCUUGACCUCUCAGCUGGAUUCGCAGCGUGCAUAUUAUGAAGACCAUGUCAACGAACUGAAUGCUCAAGUCGGUGAACUACGAGGUAUGCUAGAGCGAUUGAGCAUCGAGUUCGAGAAGGAAAGAGUUUCGACCCGAGCAGAGAUGGAUCAACGGAAACGGGAAGAUGAAGAGAGAGCCGAGUCCUUGUCCAAAGACAAAACCAAAGCAGAAUCACGGGCGGAAAAGCUUAUGGAUUUAGCCCGUCGCCUCGAGAAGGAACUGAGCGCAGAACGGGCGGUUAGCGAGGGCUUGAUGCAAAACCUUGGCAAAACCAAAGAAAAGCUAGAACAUUCAGAAAAGAGUAAGCAAGAGAGCGCAGCGAAAAUUCAAGAUCUUGAGGACCAACUCCGGGACGUCAUGUUUUUCCUGGAAGCAAAGACCAAGAUUGAGCAGGGGGAGGGAGUAGAAGCCGAGGCUGCGGGUGGCUCCAUCGCGAUAGUUGAGACAUCGAAAUCAAAAAAGAAGAAAAAGAAAGGUUGA